GGGGACGCGAGGACGCCGACUGCGAGGGACCACGAUUGUUCUUGAUGCUGAUGUAUGAUGGUAUCGAUAUUGUCUCACCCAAGUCGCUCUUUCCCUUAGUUCUGCACAAACAUGGCCAGAAUCGGUCGCGGAGGCUUCCUGGCUCUCGCCGUGGUCUUCCAUCUGGUCUACGUCUACUCCAUCUUCGACAUUUACUUUGUUAGUCCGAUCGUCCAUGGCAUGAGACCAAUUGCCGCCCAGCAAGAUCGUGCCCCGUCGAAAAGGCUCGUUUUGUUUGUAGGGGACGGUCUCCGCGCCGACAAGGCGUUUCAAUCCUUUCCAGAUCCUUCUCCUCCCGACCCAGACAACGCCGACUCGACUCCGCGGCCUCUCGCUCCCUUUCUGCGAUCUCGAGUACUCGAGCACGGCACCUUCGGCGUCUCUCAUACAAGGGUGCCGACAGAGUCGCGGCCUGGACAUGUCGCGCUCAUAGCGGGUCUUUACGAAGACGUUUCUGCGGUGACGACCGGGUGGAAGUUGAAUCCCGUGGAUUUUGACAGCGUCUUCAAUCGAAGUCGGCAUACAUGGAGUUGGGGCAGUCCAGAUAUUCUUCCGAUGUUUAAAGAAGGGGCAGUACCAGGGCGAGUCGAUGCCGAUCAUUAUGCUGCAGAGUUCGAGGACUUCUCACAGGACGCUACAUCACUGGAUACAUGGGUGUUCGACAGGGUUAAGGGCCUUUUCAAAUCUGCCAGCACAAACGCCACCCUUGAUGCGAUGCUUCGAGAGGACAAAAUUGUUUUUUUCCUGCAUCUUCUUGGAUUGGAUACGACAGGUCACUCUUACCGCCCGUACUCCAAGGAGUAUCUGCACAACAUCAAGAUUGUCGACCAAGGUGUCGAGGCUAUCACGAAUCUGAUCGAUGAGUUUUACGGUGAUGGAGAAACCUCCUACGUCUUCACUGCGGAUCACGGAAUGAGCGACUGGGGAAGUCAUGGAGACGGACACCCCGACAAUACGAGAACGCCUUUGAUCGUUUGGGGCGCUGGCGUCGCCCGGCCACAGCUGUACACGGGCGUGCAAGCUCCCGGCCAUGAGGACGGGCUCUCCUCCGACUGGGGCCUUGAUCAUGUUCAACGCCAUGAUGUCGACCAAGCUGAUGUCGCUGCGCUCAUGUCGCACCUUGCGGGACUGGAGUUUCCAGUCAACUCAGUCGGCAAGCUUCCAUUGUCGUAUCUUGCUGCAUCGACGCAAGAGAAAGCCAAUGCGGUACUUGUGAACACGAAGCAACUCCUGGAGAUGUACACAGUCAAGGAGGAACAGAAAAGGGCAACAUCGCUGAACUUUCAUCCAUACCCGCCUUUUUCACAAGCAAACGCCUCUGUGGCUGAUCGAAUUGCUGCUAUCGAAGCCGCAAUUAGCGGCGUCCAGCAUGAGUCAGCAAUUCAGCUAUCCUCUGAGCUUUUCGACCAUGCUCUACAGGGUUUACGAUACUUGCAAACCUACGAUUGGCUGUUUCUUCGAGCACUGAUCACGAUCGGAUACCUUGGCUGGAUUACCUAUGCAAUUACGACUGUCAUCGAUCUACAUGUCCUUCAUGGUGCGGUAAACGAUGAGAGGACGAUUGGCACAACCAUGCUGUUUUCGUCUGUCCUAGUUCUGUUGUAUUCGUUCUUCGUCGUGGAGCGGUCGCCCAUCACAUAUUACGGAUACGCAUUUUUCCCUGUCUUUUUCUGGGAGGAAGUGUUCGCCAGAAGAAAAGCUGUGUUUUCCGGGCUCAGCAUUCUUUUCGGCCACGUCCAAAGCUUUUCUAGGUCUCUCUCUCUUCUGGUACAGACGUUGCUGUAUCUAUUCGUCAUUGAAGCUUUGGUGCAAUCGUACUUUCAUCGCAUUAUCUUCACGAUGUGUUACCUUCUCGCAUCGGUCUUCCCAGCUGCGUACGGAGCGGAUUUCAUCAAGAAGAAUAAAUUAAUUGUGCUGGCAUGGGCAGCGGGCUGCCUAAUACUGAGCACUUUCACGCUACUCCCGGUGAUCAAGGUGGAGAGUUCGAGUAUGAUCACGGCAGGAGGUCUUCUUAUGUUCGGAGCCGGUGUCCUCUAUCUUGCUUUUGAACACGACAUCACCUCGCAGUCGAAAUCGCAAACCCAGGAAACAGAACCCAACCUCGUUUCUCGAGUCCUCAUGGGUCUUCAAGUCGGCGUUAUUGGGCUGACAAUCAUCGUUACGCGCUCAAGUGUCGCUUCACUUCAAGCAAAGCAAGGACUACCGCUGGGGAAUCAAGUCAUCGGUUGGCUUGUUCUCAUCGCUUCUGUCAUUCUUCCAUUCGUGCAUCGGAUAGCACCAAACAAACACUACCUCCAUCGCCUGGUCAUCAUCUUCCUAACAUUUUCGCCAUCCUUUGUCCUCCUCACCAUCUCAUACGAGGGCCUCUUCUACUUUGCCUUCUGCUUCACGUUACUUACGUGGGUACGCCUCGAGCACGCCAUUCAGCUUCAUGAACCUUUUCGGUCACGACCAACUGCGGUUGACUCAAUGCCGUCCGCGAAUGGCAUCACCAUAACAUCGAAAUCGCAGAAAUCCGAGAAUCUCCAUCCCGAAGAGACGUUCCGUACUCUUACACUCACGGACCUGCGCCGUGCCCUUUUCUUCCUCUUCUUUCUACAAUCCGGCUUCUUCUCGACCGGCAACAUCGCCUCUGUUUCCAGCUUCAGUUUAGAUGCUGUGUACCGCCUCAUUCCGAUAUUCGAUCCCUUUUCGCAGGGGGCCCUUCUACUCUACAAGCUGAUGGUCCCCUUUGCUAUCAUUUCGGCGGCACUGGGUAUCCUCAAUCGCAGACUGGGACUCCAGAGCUCGGCGCUGACCAUGACAGUUAUGGGUAUUAGUGACGUGAUGACACUCAACUUUUUCUGGAUGGUGAAGGACGAGGGAAGUUGGUUGGAUAUUGGCACCACGAUUAGUCACUUUGUGAUUGGGAGUUUGCUUUGUGUCUUUGUGGCGGGAUUGGAGGGAGUGAGCCAAGCUUUGAUCCAAGGGGUCGAGGUCGAUAGCUAUGAGGAUAGAACAAAGGAGCUGGGUGGAGUUCAGGUGAUUCAAGGAAAUGCUGUGGAAAGUAGUAUGGACGAGGAUGUGCAGGCAAACGGGAAGGUGAAUGGAGCCGUCAAAGUGACAGAAGGGAGAGAAGGCGUGGACGAGAGGCCGGUUAUUGAUUAGUUGUGGUCACUGUCUGGUCAAAUUAUCGCGGUUAGAUAUUGACACCGCAAGGCCUGUUGUGCAUAUCUUGACAGAGGUUGAGCCAGUCUAGACAAUAGUUGGACACUUGACGUUACAACAUGCUCCCCAAAGCUAGCACGGUUGUCACAGCGGUUCAUUUGCGUUGAAAUGGAGGUUCCGAGCCCA